CCUCGAUCCUCGUUAUUUUACUUCAUCACACCAUCAUGCCUGGUAGCUUGGAAAGCCGAUAUGUCAGACUUGAAGUCAUCAGCGGAAAAAAUCUUCAAGUCCCCUCCGAGCGCAUUCCCGCAGGGAUCUACAUAUCCGUCAAUGUCGAUUCCCAGAGACGCUGGAAAUCGGCCAUCAGUGUCUUAUCAUCCGACAGAUCUGUAGUGUGGAGCGACACUGUGACUCUAUCAUCCCAUGCCUCACCUGCGUUAUCAGUGGAAAUAUGGGCAUCUUAUGAGGCCGGUCGAAUGCUAGGCAGCGGAGAGGUCAUUGGGAAACUUCAAACGUCGUGGGAUGACCUACUCGAUCACGGAGAUGAACCUUUCGUUUUGUCCUUCCCACCCAUUCGUGGUGUCCACUCUUCCCUCACGCUGAAGGCCGCCAUUGUACAUACUUGCGACGAUCAGGAGGGCGUGCUGUCUGAUUCCCUCGUAGACUGCGAAAUCGCUCGAGACACAGAUGCGGGCCAUGCACAAUUUGCUGCAUACGUGACGAGCAAAGCGGUCUCUCACCUGAACGAUGCAGUGCAGCAUUUUCAGUUGGUUCUAGACCAGUGUCCAGUCAGCCAUCCUGACCACGCAACUGCCCUCACCAACCUUGCGUACGCGCGCCUUCAGGCAUAUAUUCGCGACGAUCUUGAAGACAUUGAGACCACCACUUCCCUGUUCCGCGAAGCCCUUGCAUUGCGUCCGCAGCGCCAUCCCGAUCAUCCAUUAUCUCUAUAUAGUCUCACCGAAGCGCUGAACUGGUGCCACAACGAGAGAAGUACUGUUGCCGACAUCCGCGAAGCCGCCAAACUUUGUCAUGAGCUAUUGCCUCUCUGUCCAGAGGGCACCUACCUUCGUAGCAUCGCGACAGGGGAAAAUGGGGUCGAUUAUGUGAUCUGUGGAUGCAACAAUCUUCCGAUAGACACAUCCGAUGAAGGCAUCCACCUUCGACAAGUCAUCCUCGAGCUUUGUCCUCUGGGCCAUCAACGCCGUCCAAGAGCACUCUACGCGCUUUUACAAUCACUCCACUCGCGCUUUACACAAUGUGGCAGCAUCGAUGAUCUAGAUGAGAGCAUAAGACUCGGUCGUGAAGCCGUUUCUCUGCUUUCUGAGGGACAUCCUGACCGUGAUAGCUGCUUGAAUGACUUGGCCCUCUCACUCGUAGAUCGCUUCAAUCACCAAUGCAAACCUGAUGACCUCGAUGAGGCCAUCCCUUUGUACCAAGAAGCGCUGCGCCUGUGCUCUGUUGGGCGUGAUACCUUAUUAGACAACCUAGGGGGCGCCCUCAUCGCCCGUUUCAACAAACGCAGCGACAUUGAUGACAUCACCCGAACUAUCAGCCUCUUUCGUGAGGCACUGACAUUGCGCCCACCUGGGCAUCCAUGUCGUGACACCACGCUCAACAACCUUGCCCUCGCGCUCGACACCAGAUACAACGAAUUAUAUGUCAUCGAGGAUCUUAAUGAGGCCAUUGAUCUGUACCGCGAAUGCCUUCGGUCACUGCGACAUGACCAUUCAGAGCGCCAUGCAUAUCUUCAAAAUCUGGGCUUCGCGCUGUGCUUGCGUUUUAUGCAAACUCAGGAGAAUGACGAUGUCGAAGAGGCCAUUCAGCUCUGCCAAGAAUCUUUGGCCGCUCUGUCUUUACUGCACCCGAGCAGGUAUUCUGGCUAUGUGUGCCUGCGGGAGGCUUAUUUGUCUCGUUACCGGAUUCUACACGACUCUGCUGAUUUAUCGCUCGCAGUGGAGAACUUCAGGCUCGCAUCGGGGCACCCUACUAAGGGCUUUCCAGGUCGCAUUGUGACAGCAUGCAACUGGGUCAUCGUAGCAGAGCAACACGGUCAUAUAUCUGUACUGGAGGCCUACAACACAUGUUUCGACCUUCUUGACAGUCAUUUGGCAACGCGAUCAUCAACAAUUUCACGGCGUGAAGCUGCAGCUGCCUUCAGUAGUGCCAGAUCGCUGCCUGUAGAUGCAGCAUCAUGUGCAAUCCGCCACGACAAUCUACGACACGCAGUGGAACUCGUGGAGCAGGGCCGUGGCCAGCAAUGGUCGCUGGCCUCUCGACUCAAGACUCCAGUUGAAGACCUCGAGUCAGCAAAUCCAAAAUUGGCGCACGAUUAUUUGGACCUGAGCAAGCGCGUUUCCGAUGCCGCCCAGAGUUCUGCAACCAUCACCGACAGAGCUGCUGCUGAUCGGGCAGCAACCGAGUAUAGGGGACUUACAAGGCAAUGGGAAGCUGCAGUAACUGAGAUACGCAAACUCCAAGGUUUCCAGCGGUUCCUUCUCCCGCCGUCAUAUGCAGACUUGCAAGCGGCAGCACGCCAAGGCCCCGUUAUCGUCCUUAUUGCCAGCGAAUACUCGUGCAGCGCCAUCAUUAUCCCAACGUCAGGAGAACCCCAUCAUGUUCCCUUCCUGUCUGUCUGUCUGACAGAUCUAAACAAUCUCAAGGAUCGCUUCGCCAGGGCGAUACGACACGCAUCUACCAUGGGCCCAAAGGUGCCUCGAAAUGAUCUGAUAGUCCUCUUGCGGGCAGUUUGGGACGAGAUCAUGCUACCCAUCAUCAACGUCCUCGAGCAUGUCCUUAAGCUACAGCACGGCUCUCGAAUUUGGCUGUGUCCAACCGCAGCUUUCACGUCCAUUCCUCUCCAUGCAGCUCACCCCUUUCAAACAAGGGCAGAUCGCUCUAAAGAGCCAUGCCUAGAAGAUCUCUACAUCUGCUCUUACACCCCGACACUUUCGGCUCUGGUCAGAUCUAGACAGAUGAUGAAGAAGCGUGUCACUCCGUCCUUCGUGACAAUCGGACAGGGUCAACCGGGUACAGGGAAAGGCAAGGCGCUCUUGGCUGUCGACAGCGAGCUCGAACUUGUCCAUAAGCUCGUCCCUGCAACGGUCAACCGUAACACUAUUUCUGGUGACGCAGCCACACGAGCAGGUGCACUCAAAGCUUUGGAAAAGGACACCUGGGUGCACCUCGCUUGUCAUGGCAAGCAGGACCCUACACAGCCUUACAAUUCCCACUUCGUCAUGAGAGAUGAACACCUGACGCUGCUUGAUAUCAUGGAGAAACAUAUUCCGCAUGCUGAGUUCGCAUUCUUGUCCGCUUGUCAUACCGCCGUUGGCGACAAGGAGACGCCCGACGAGGUUAUUCACCUCGCAGCUGGUCUCCAGUUUUCGGGAUUCAAGAGCGUCAUUGGCACGCUGUGGGAGGUCGACGAUGCUGUCGCAAAACACGUUGUUAAAGCGUUCUACGAGAAUUUGUUCGCCGAUUUGGAGGAUGGUGGUGUCAUGGACUGCACAAAGGCGGCCUGGGCACUCAACCGUGCUACGCACUCCGUGAAGACGAAAGUGCCGCUCGAGCAGAGGAUGGUUUUCAUUCAUAUUGGUGUGUAG